GUCCCGGCAGACACUGUCCUGGCUCCCCGCAUGGACAAGCUGCGCAGCCGCUACCACCUGCUCAGGAACAGCAUCAAGGAAGCGGUGGUCAAAUGGGAGAAACUGGCCAAGCAGCACGAAGCCUUUGAUGCGCUCCUGGCCGACCUGGAAGCCUGGCUGGAAGAGCCGGAAGCCGAACUAGACCAGAUCCUUGUGGUCAAGACCGACUUGCCCUCGACGCAUCAGCAGAAAGGAAAAUUGGAGAACCUGAGUGACCGGCUGGCCCAGCGGAGCAGCAGCAUGGAGGAGCUGGUGGAGACGGGCGAACGUCUGUACUCCCACACGGCACCCGACGGCAGGGAAGCCAUCCGCCAACAGCUCAGGCACGUCCGGGGCCGCUGGCAGUCCCUGCUGGACCGGUCCUCGGAGGCCCUGUCCCAGCUGGAACAGCGUCUUCAACAGCUGUCGGGGCUCUCCCAGAGCCAGGACCAGCUCAAGCAGUGGAUCGGGGACGUCAACGCAGCCCUGGACAGCUGCGCACAGCCCAGGGCCACCCUCCAGGAGAAGAAGGCCCAGCUCCAGACACACAAGGUUGUGCACCAAGACAUCCUGUCCCACCAACCGGCGGUGGAUGGCAUGUGCGAGCGUGCAGAGCAGCUCUCCAGUACCACUGGCAAGGAUGUGCUCGGGGACCACGUGCAGAGCACCAAGAACGCCUUCAAGGAGCUUUGUACAAGGUCCCAGGACCUUGCUGGCCAGCUGGUGUCAGCGGUGGACGCACACCAGGCGCUCGUGGACCGGGUGGCUGCCUUCCAGGACUGGCUCCAGGGCUUCCAGGACCAGCUGCAGGAGCACAAGGACACAACGGGGGAGAAGAAGGCCAUCCAGGGACGCCUGGCACUGCUGGCGGAGCUGGCCGAGAAGAGCAAGGAAGGGGAGGCCCUCCUGACAUCCGUCCGUGAGCAGAGCGAGGCGGUGUCCGCGGGCAGCUCCCCCCAGGGCCAGGCCCUGCUUUCCCGGGAGCUGCAGGGGCUCCAGGAGCAGCUGGGCAAGACGCUGGCCUCUCUACAAGAGGCACGCCGCAACCUGGAGAACACGCUGCAGCAGUGGGGCGCCUACGAGGGACACCUGGCCGCCCUCACCCAGUGGCUGGCCGACACCGAGGCCGAGCUGCGCAGCCCACAGCUGCCCUCCGGCCUCGGCGAGAAGGAGGAACUCUCCGCCAGGGGGAAGGAGCUUCGCACUCGCAUCACGGAGCAGCAGAAGAGCGUGGACAGCUUCAUCGACGAGGCCCACUGCCUGCUCCAGGUUUCUGGGGUGGAGCUCGUCAGGGCUCAGAUGUCCCAGUGCAACGCCCGCUACCAGGCCCUGCUUGCCUCCAUCAAGGAUUUGGCGUCUCGCUGGGAAGGCAUGGAGCGGGACCAGCGGGAGUAUGAGAAGGCCCUGGCCAGCUGCACCGCGUGGAUGGACGAGACCGGGGAGGCGCUGGACCGCCUGCAAGAAGCACAGGGAGCUCCGGAAGACAGGUUGUCUCAGCUGGAGGCCUUGAUCGUUGGCAAGCUUCAUGGACAGCAGCAGCUGAACCUCGCUUCCCGCCUUGGUGAACACCUCUACCAGGACACAGCUGCAUCUGGGAGAGAGCAGGUGCGCCUGGAGCUACGUCAGCUGCACGAUCGCUGGGAGGCUCUCGACUCCAGACUGACACAGCUUCAGAAACAACUUCAGACGCAGAGUCAAGCUCGAAGCACCUUUGUGGAUUCCCUGAAGCAGGUACAGUCCUGGCUCGACAGCGCAGAGAAAACAGUUGCCGAAGCCAGAGACAAGCUUCCGGCGCUGCAGGAAGUGCAGGGAAGGCUACAAUCACUCAAGCUUCUGCAACAGGAGGCAAUUCUUCAGCGGCGUCACCUGGAUGCGCUCGAGGAAAACGCCAAGAACGACGCCGCCUCCGAAGAGAGCCUGAGGGCAACCUCUGCACGGUUGACCAACGUCGCGGAUGAGCUCAAGGCUCUGGUGUCUGGCCUGGAGAAGCUGUCGUCGCUCGUCCAAGAGCAGCGGGAGCGGAAGGAGCACCAAAGCCACUGGCUGGAGCAGAUGCACGAGCGGCUAGACCUGUGCGGCGACGUGACGGGCAGCCGGCCCACCCUGCAGACCCGCCUCGACAAGCUCCAGGAGCUGGAGCGACAGUUGCCGGACGGAACGUGCCAGGCCCAGUCCCUGUCAAAGUGCACGUCCAGCCUGGUGCAGCUGCUGGCUCCGCGGGAGCGCACGGCACUGGAGGAGGAGUGCAGCAGCCUGGAGACGGACCUGGCGCGGUUGGGCACUAAGCUGGAGCAGGCGCGCCACUCCCUGGCGGCGCAGCUGCGCCGCUGGGACGCCUACGAGGAGCACUAUGGUCGGCUGGCGAGCGGGCUUCUGGGCGCCGAGCGCAGCGUCAGGGAGUUCGCCCUCAGGGCCUCCCUGGACGACAAGAACGCGCAGCUCGAGCAGUUCCAGGGCCUGCUGAAGGAGCUGCAUGCCACGGAGCAAGACCUGGACUCCCUUUCUGACAAGGCCCAGGAACUGAUUGCGACCAGCGGAGAGAUGCGGCUCUCAAUGGCGGUCAACCAGCUCACGGCCAGGUUCCAGGCACUGCUAGAGACGUGCAAGGAGCUUGUGAAGAAGUGCGAGCAGCAUGUGCAAGACCACAUUCAGUUUGAGAAGAAGCAGGCGGAAUGCUCCAAGAAGCUCGCCCACGCUCAGGAGAGCUUCGUCGAGAUUCAAUCCCUUCCGAGCGGCAACAAGGAAAGGCUCGCUCACAAGCUGGCCAAAGUCAAGGAACUGUUGCAAGGCAAGAGCGAGGCGCUGAACCUGGUGAACGCCACGGUCCAGCUGGCCGAGCAGCUCCAGGUGGGCAGCUCCCCGGAGGGCUGGGAGGCGACCCAGGGCCUGCUUCAGCAGCUGCAGACCACCUUCGAGACCACCUUCAGUGAGGCCCAGGGCCUGGAGCGGUCCCUGCAGUCCACGCUGUUCCUCUGGUCCGAGUACCAGGAGGCGCUGCAGCGGCUGCGGAACUGGCUCAAGGGCCUCUCUCAGAAGACGGAGGGGGCCCCCCGCCUCUGCACUACCCUCGACGAGAAGCGGGCACAGCUCCGCACCUGCCGGGGUCUGUUGGCAGAGCUCACCGACCGUCAGCAAGCCGUGGAGGACCUGCAGGUCAAGGCAGAUGCCAUCUCGGACAGGGACACCGAAUCGCAGGACGUGCUGGCCGCCGUGGUGGAAGGCCACAAGGAGCAGACUGAAAAGCUGCAGGGUGCCGUGGUCGUCCUCGAAGAGGCAGUGUCCCAGCACGAACAGCUGAGCAAACAGCUCAGCGAAGUUCAGGACUGGCUCAACGCAAUCCAGGACCAGACAGUGACGCUCUCCAACUUGGGUCUGGAUCAGCUCGCCCUGUACAGCAAUCUGGAGAGGCUCAAGGCCAUCGAGAACAGCUUUGCAAGUCAAGAGGAAGGUCUCAAGAAGGCCGAGGCACAGCUGCCCGCGGUCCUUCAGAGCACCCUCCCCACGGGCCAUCCCGUCGUGUCCGGCGAGGUGGACUCGCUGAAGCAGCAAUGGCAGGUGGUGCGGGAGAUGGUGACCAGGGCCCGCGAGUCUCUGGAGCAGUUACUGGGCCGCUGGCAGGAGCACCACGAGCAAGUGGAGCAGCUGCAGCAGUGGAUGUCGGAGCGCGAGGCCGAACUCCAGGGCUUGCUCCUCUGCGACACCCUGGAGGCCAAGCGGAAGCGGCUGGAGAAGCUCCAGGAGACGCUCGGAGAGCUGCGAGCCAAGGAACUUGAAGUGGACUCCCUGACCGAGCGGGCACAGCAGCUGCACGGGGGACACGGUGGAGGACGACGCAGCAGCCGCCUGGCGGACCUGGCCCUCAGAUACCAGCAGCUCGUCGCGUCACUUGGGGAGGCAGUGACCAAGUGGACUCAGUGUGUGGCCAACCAUCAGGCCUUGGACAAGCACAUUGCCGAGUCGCAGCUUCAGAUAAGCCAAGCAAACGACAAGCUCUCCCAGUGCGAACUCACCGACGGCUCUCUGGGCCAGCUGGAGAACAAACUGGCAAUCAUUCAAGAGGUGACGCACAGCAAAGAGGCCCUAGUGUCCCUGGUGCAGGCAGCGACGGAGCAGUGUCAGGUGGUCUUGGGCGAGACGGCCCCCGUGGGACACGCCCCCCUGAGCAAAGCCCUGCAGGGUCUCACAGAGGCCAAGCUGGCUCUGCUUCAGCGACUGUCCGCCCUGCGAGCGACGCUGGACCACGCCCGGCAACUCUGGGGCGGCCUUGUGGCACUCACCAAGCAGCAAGAAAGAUGCAAGACAGGCCUGUAA